GAGACGGAUGCUAAUUUGGGCGAAAGUGAGGAAUUCGUGGAAUGGAUGGAGUCACUUCCUGUUCGUGGUACCCACACUUUGGGACUUGGAACCCCUCGCACCACCCCCAUUCGAAACGGGGACAACAACAACAUUUGGAUCAAGUGGCAAGGUGACGAUGUGAAAGCCUUGAUGUUCAAAGUGCAAAAUGAUUACGUUUUCCAUUGGGGGCAAUCGAAAAAAAAUGCAAUAUUGGAAGGUGCUGGGUUAAUGCUCAAGUAAUAAUUUGAAUUAUUCUAUCCCUUUACUACAUUUUUCGUAUUUAUUUAUUACCAUUAUGAAUUAUGGUUUACAGGAUAAAAUUGUGGGAUAUUGCCGUGCGGAUUCGUCCAGACUCCGUGAAGUUGUGCUUUUACGGGAUGCCACUAAUAUCAAACCCAACAUUAUCGUCUACCAUCCAAUCCUUCGUAUGACCGCAUUUAAUGAAGACACCAUGAAUGAAUACGUAAGAAGUCCCGACAGGAAAAGGAGCUAUCCGUCUAUUAGCAACUACAUCACUGGACAUCCCAAUUGUCGUUUCGUGAUGGACAUGAGAUGGAGUUUUGCCACAACGCUCUCUCUCGAGAAAUUCAAUACUUUCUCCGUCGCAACAUCCAUCAUGACUUUCCUCCACAACAACGCUUUCCCCAAUUCCAACCACCCUAAAAUUCGACUGCGGAUGGGCUGGAUCGCCUUCAACAAUGCAGACUGGAAGGAGGUGCGGAAGAUUCUGGCCCGGAACGGAUUCAAAUUUAUUGUGACCCCAGCUACCAACCAACUCAUUCCCACUCAUAUGUUCCCAGCCGGUGUCAUCAAAAAUAAAGACCACACUUAUCAAGGUGAUGAUGGAAAUGGGGCAGUGAAGGACGGGAUAUUCACUGCAAAGGUCUGUUCCAUCAAAUCAGGAGCAAGUAAAAACAAUGCCCUCCCCCAUAUGGCACUUGCCGAACAUCUUGAGAGCGUGGUGAUGCUCUACCAGGACAUUUUGGAAGAAGAAGAAUACCCUGGAGAGAGUGAGACCCGUACCCGUCAUGCAGAAUUUAUGGGGAUCUUGGCAACGUUGAUGGGGACUAUUCUGGAGCAAGACUUCAAAGGACACCGAAUGCGACCCAUGACUGAACAACUUACCCACUAUGACAUAGUAUUUAGCUACAAUGUGUUUAGGAGACUUUUCCAAUUUAAAACUGGUUGUACAAUUGUUGUGAGGAAAAAGGGGAAUGGAAUUCCAAUAAUUAAUGGAAAACCUCAGUUUGUUUGGUAGAAUGUUGCAGCAUUACUUAUUUUGUUCACUUUGGUGGUAAUCUCUUUAUAAUUUGAAACUGAGCCUUAGUAUAUUACUUUAGUACCACUUUUGUCAAUAAAUAUGACUAGCAUUUAGUCAUGUCAUUCUCGAAUUAUGUUCUUUAUGACCUUCUUUUUUAGUGAUACCGGCGGCAAAAGAGAGUGA